UCGACGAUUCACCAGCACAAACACUACAAGACGAGUGCAUGGCAUGCCUUUAUGCACUUCAAAGGUCUGAAGAGUAACAAAGGCAAGGACUUCAAUGACAAGUCUAAUGUUGCAGACUUAGUCCAACACACUGCAGAAUACCGUGACCUCACAGAUGCAGAGAAGGCAAAGCUUGUAGCUGAGUUCAACGCCCUCAAGAAAGGAGCUAGUAACCGUCCUCCAAACAUAACUGCUCGGACAUGUGCUGCUGAAUGUGGUCGUAGUUUUCAGUACAUCAAAGAAGAGCUCGAGGCUCUCAGGCUGCAUGUUGGUACUGAAGUGAUAGUCUUCAUGGUCCAAGACAUUUCAGAUUUUACCAUGGCUCCCAAAGCAUUUUUUACCAGUCCUACAGCCGAGCAAUUUGUUCACUUGUACUUGCACAAGGAUGUUGCUCAGUUGGCUACUGACUUCGAGAGUACUAUACUUGCCAACACAUCCACCAAUCACCAUGAUCAUGUGUCUAAGGCUAAAACAGCUAUCAGAAUGGGCCUUUGUGCCUCACUAUGUAAGUUUCUCAAGGAUAUGAUCCAAGAGAUGGAGUUCAACUCAAGAUAUCAUAACCUUGUCCACUGUUAUCAGGUCAAGCUCAUUGGUUGGACUCACCUGCAGUGGGCAAAUCCAUCAGAUUUAAAGGGCAGUAUAGAGAGCCUUGAGAAUCUUGCGGAUGCCAUUGGAAGUGGCAUGUGCCGUUUUAUUCCUAUCUCAAGUGAAGAGCUUGAAGAUCAUUUACAAUGUGCAAAGAAUGGAGAGAAGCUUACCCCCAAGGUUGAGCCUCCCAUGCCCAUUGAACCAACCUGCAACUCAUUGCCUGAUGUAGUCCAACCAUCUGCUGAAACUGACUUGACCCCAUCUUCACCUUCAACUGCAGAGUCUACCUCCAUCAAUCUUUCGCUUACGCAUUCCUCGGACUAG